CUGUAGAUGCGAUACCUCCGCGUCAACGUGAAAGGCAGUAUUUCAGCCCUCGGUCAAGUGUGCAAGCACGUAAAAUGCGGCUUUCGGUCGUCGAUUAUCAGGAUGUCCUGCAAGAUCUGGACAAGGGUGUCCCGAUAAACUUUAACACCAACUUCCACACCGCUGAAGAGGCGCCAGAUCUUCCCAUCCCCACUAACAAGCCAUACGACUACGACAUAUGGCUGCCUUUGAUACUGAAAUCUCGAGGCCUUCCUCCUGCGGCGCUUCAAGUCGUCAAGCUCUCACGCGCACAGAUCAGAGUCUUGGUCAGUGCUGCUGCAGCUUCAAUCCAUACCGGUGUGCUUAAUCGAUCUUACGCCGAAGAUCUUGAAGAUGAUGUUUAUCCUGCCUUUAGUGGGCUACAUUUCCCUCCAGAAGGGCUGUUUAUGCGUCUUGGGGCUUGUUCUCCAAAGGAUGGCGCACAGCUUACGCCUGGGAAGCUGCCGAUUCAUUCCGUCGAGGACAUCGUACUCCGCAUCACAACAUCCGCGAGAACUUGGAGCGCGCUGACAAAUAUACUCAACCAUGAAGGAGAAGAAGGCCACGUAUACUUUCUUCCAUUCAAUGCAGAAAUGAGAUCUGAGAGAGAAUAUCGCGUCUUUUGCAUCCCCGACUCGUUGGGUAUAUCUUGUGUUAGCCAGUAUAGAUGGCAUAAACCAUGGAUAUUUGGCCAUCAAGAUAGAAAUGAGAUGACCAACAUCGCUCACAAAAUACUUAGCGGCAUCCAAGAAGUUCAUACCGAAAUUAUUGCUUAUAUGCAGGCGUAUGAUGACAAUGAGAUGGAAAGCCUUAUUCGGAGCCAGGGUUUUACUUUCGAUGUGCUCUACGGCGAAAAUACGGGGAAAUGCACUUUAAUUGAGCUCAACACUUUUGGGGUGAGGAGUGCAUGCGGUUCCUGUCUUUUCCAGUGGCUGAAAGAUCGAGCGUCGUUGUAUGGAGAGAGUCGCGAUAUUGAGUUUCGAGUUGCGGUAUGAGAUUAUGAUUGACAAUUCUAUUACGGUGUGAAGACUGAACUAGACAGAGAGAAUAACUUCUUAAAGAGGAAUAUCGAGCACUGGAGUGAUUGCGCAUGGUACGGCAAAGAGAGUCGAAGUCUAUACCCUUUAGUGCAACAAAGAGAAAUUGAGACGAUAAUAGAAGACGCCCAAGUGCUUGAAGAGUGUGAGAAAAGAUUACUGUUGUUGUGAUUGUGGGGAGGAUGGAAUACUAUACAAGUAAUAUACAAUAUUAAUGUUUAUACAGAGGCGAUGUCCCAC